GUGAAAUUGGAGGACUUGGCUCCUCUGUGCACUCCAAGCCGGUGUCCAUCAACCUGCGUCGGGCCAACGGCUCGGCCUUCGUGAUGAAGUCACUGCGAGAGCCCAUGGUGGUGGUCAUGAAGCUCACUGGACAAGAGGGAAAUGCCACCUGUGCCUACUGGGAUGAAGAUGAGCAUCGCUGGUCCAGAGAGGGAAUCACAGCGUUGGGUACGGCCAAUUCGGAGCUGCGCUGCGAAACAACACAUCUGACGAUUUUUGGCGCAGUGCCUAGGUUCUAA